AUGUCAAAUACUGAGCUAGAAAAUUACCUUGCAUUCUCAAUAAAACUCGCCGAGGAAUGCGGACAGGUGAUACGUGACGGUUCAAAAGCUCGAUAUCACAAAUCUGAAGAAGUAAAAGGAAACAAUAACGAUGUAUUUGAGAAAUACGGAAAUCCGACAGAUUUAGUUACCGAGACAGAUAGAAAAGUCGAGGAAAUUGUGCGUGAUAGAAUCAGUAAAGAGUUUCCGUCGCAUAAAUUUAUUGGCGAGGAGACCGUUGCAGCUGGCAUAAAAUGUGAAUUUACUGAUGACCCUACGUGGAUAGUCGAUCCAAUUGAUGGCACUACGAAUUUUGUUCAAGGAUUCCCUUUUGUUGCAAUUUCGAUCGCUUUGGCAAUAAACAAAGAACCUGUAGUUGGCGUGAUAUAUAAUCCUUUUAUGAACGAAUUAUACACAGCAAUAAAAGGAAAAGGCGCCUAUUUAAAUCGCACAACACGUCUUCCACUCUCGUAUCCACACAAUCCGCUUCCACUACCAAAUCUUUCCCAUUGCCUCGUCCUGACAGAAAUGGGAAGCGACCGAUCACCGUCAGUAAUCGAUAAAAAGAUCAGGUCGAUUCAUAAUAUGGUGGCACAACCUGGGCAGAGUAAUAGAUCUAGUGGUGGAGGUAGUACAAAAAAAGCAGGACUUGUGCGAGGGAUACGGUGUAUGGGUAGUGCGGCUGUGAAUCUUUGUUUUGUUGCCAAAGGCAAUGCGGAUAUUUAUUGGGAGAUUGGGUGCUGGGAAUGGGAUGUAGCAGCCGGAAUCGUAAUCUGUCAAGAAGCUGGCUGUAUAAUAGUCAACGCUAACGGUCCCGACGAAAGUCCCGUGGACAUCCUCGGACGUAAAUUUUUGGCAGUUCGUGGGUGUUCGCCGAGUGCUGGCGAUACGGAUGCUAAACAAAGUCAGUUACGUAUUGUGAGAGAGCUGUGGAAUGUUGUUGAGGAGAUUGAAUGCCCGAGAUAA